AUGCUUUUAGUGACUUGUGCUCUAGUCAGAAGCGAAGAUCUGAAAGAAAUUGAUUCCACUUCUAACAAUCAAAAUGACCUCUCGGUAGCAGAGUCAGGUUAUGGGUAUGGAGGCGGGGGAUACGGUGGUGGUGGAAAAGGAGGAUACGGUGGUGGCGGAUAUGGAGGAUACGGUGGUGGUGGAAGAGGAGGGUAUGGCGGUGGAGGAUAUGGUGGCAGUAGAGGAUAUGGUGGCAGUGGAAAAGGAGGUUUUGGUAGAGGAGGAUAUGGUGGUGGUGGAAAAGGAGGUUUUGGUGGAGGAGGAUAUGGUGGUGGUGGAAAAGGAAGUUUUGGUGGAGGAGGAUAUGGCGGUGGAGGCUACGGUGGUGGAGGAGGAUAUGGUGGUGGUGGAAAAGGAAGUUUUGGUGGAGGAGGAUAUGGUGGGGGUGGAAAAGGAGGUUUUGGUGGAGGAGGAUACGGCGGCAGAGGCUACGGUGGUGGAGGCUAUGGUGGUGGAGGCUACGGUGGUGGAGGCUAUGGUGGUGGUGGCUACGGUGGUGGAGGCUUCGGUGGCAAGAGAGGAGGAUACGGUGGUGGAGGAAGAGGGGGGUAUGGUGGUGGAGGCUACGGUGGCGGAAGAGGAGGAUACGGUGGUGGAAGCUUUGGAGGAGGUGGAUAUGGUUGGUGGUAA